AUGGGGAACUGUCUGCAGAGGAAAAUAGGGUGGAAGCUGGACACUCAGGAGACACAUUGGAAUCUGAGACUUCAAAAUGUCAAGCAGCAGACCUGCAGCUAUUUCAGGUGCUGGAGUUGUUGUCAUAUCUCAGAAGGGUGCGCCUGCCUUCCUUGGAAAAACAUAAGCACAUUUAAAGCCAGACAGGAGUCCCCAAAGCAAAAUGAAGGGAUGACUUCAGCUCCUAUGCAGAACAAUGCUGACCAGAUCUACACAGAGGAGUUAUGCUACGUCCUCGUUGAUCACAAGGCCCUCAGAGGAAGGCCAUCAGACAACUCUGCUGAGGGGUUCUAUGAGAACGUCUCUAGCAAGGCUGAGAGACACAGAGAGUCUUCAAGAGGAGUAGAGACGGAGUAUUCGGUCCUCCGUUUCUCUUCCACCCCUCAGCCGCCACCUCCCGCAGAAGGUGAAUAUGAACUUCUGGUGCCCAGCAGACUCUCCUUCCAUGCCCAUCAACAGCCACGGCCACUUAGAGCCCCCUUUGAGACUCACUUUUCUCAUCUACAGUGAGUGACUAGACUAGAGUCGGUUCAGCACUGACAUACAAAAGUAGGAGUUGGGGACUCUGUUGGAUGACAGAUAAAAGUAGGGCUUGGGGACUCCAGUUGAAGCAGUCAUGGGGCACAGAGAUCCUUAGCUUAGUUCUUCCGGAGGACCUUGGAAGAGCAGACUUUGCAGACCACAGAGCCUUUUAGAGUCUGACAAUAACCAACGUUCAAAAAUUAGUCAAUUGUCUUGGAUGUCACAUUGUUUUAAAAAAAAAAAAAAAAGAGUGGCCACCUUUGCUUCUAAGUAGUUAAAAAAAUACUCUGUGGUAGGAAGGGCUCCCCAUAUCUGCAUCUGGUGUACCACAAAAAGCUCUGCUCUUCUCACUAAGUUCUUAUGAAUUAUCCCCACAACUGUUUUCUGAAGCUGGGUAAGCUUACUCAUCAGGUUACAUGUCCCCAGGGGGAAUUCCCUCAGCACUGUGCAACCCCACCUCAGCACCACUUGGAUAGGACAACCUGUAAUAUUCCUUCACUCCAUGGGCCCAGGACAUGUCCUUCACUCAACGUCCUUUCUCUCAUUGUCUCAAUGGCUUAGAAUUUCCUGUACCAUUGUUAAUAUAAUUUUAAACUCCAUUCUUCAAACUUUGACUUUCUCCUCAGAAUUGUCUUUCUCUUCCGGUGUAGGAAAUCGUUCCCAGAGCUUCAUCCA